GCAGCUGGCCAAGUGGAUCCACCACUCGGUGCAGGAGGCCCAGCGGCGUUCCCUCGUCAUCGCCGCGGUGGGCGCGAACUGCUCCUUCGGGCAGAGGCGCACAGGUCACGGGCUGCCCAGCCCGACGGCUGACGGGGUCCACGUUGGGCCCCAUGCGUGCGGCAUGGAGAACGAGGUCUCGAUGGAGCUGUGGCGCAUCAUGGAGAUGGAGGGGCUGGCGUUUGUGAGUUCGUUCUUCCCAGUGGGGCCCACCAACUUCGGCAAAGAGGCCCAAUCGUCGCCCGACCAUAUCUUCAUGCCGAUCGACGCGAUUGUCCAGACGCUGAAGUGUCGCACGCUGCGCAAGGCCACGCGCGCACUACAGGUCAUCCCAGAUGCACGACCGCGAGAUCACGCACCCCUGUUGCGGCAGGCGCGCUACCAGUUGCAGGCACCAGAGACGUUUCCAGCGGCCACGCUCUGGGAUGAGAGCCACGAGUGGAAGCUGCAGGCCAGCCGGCUCGACCCCUCUGUGCCGCGGGCGAAGUUGGCUGAGGGCCUCCGCAAGUCGGCGCAGCUGGAGGCCACCAAGGAGGCCAAGAAGCCCGAGCUGACCCCGCACUUGCAGCAGCGGGGCGCCCUUGUGGCCCAGCGCAAGAGCGCCCGCGUGCAUUGUUUCACGGGCGAGGAUCGAGUACGCCCACGAGAACUUGAGCGAGCAAUCAAGAAGCAGAAGCGCCGCCUGGACCCGGAACGCAUCGAGGCCCCGAUGCACGAGGCGGAGGCUAUGAGGGGCACGGGUGGCACGCGCAACGCAUGGCGGCUCAUCUACGCCGCGGGGGCUCGCUGCAGGGGCCCCCGCCAGCGGGCCUACAACGCCCCGCCCCAGCGCCAGCCGCCCCUAGAGGAGAGGGCGGACAUCGUGGUCUCGGGCGCGCGCGAGGGGGACUUCAGCGCGACCGUGCCCAACUCGCCCUCCGAACCCAUUGGCGCCGCCGUCGAACGGCUGCGCGACCAGGGCCUCGAGUACUUCCCUGGGGCCCCAGCAUCACUCGCCCACGACGACUGGCUUCGGAUUCUGAAGCUGCUCAGACGGGCUUCGCGGCGGAGAUUUGCACCGGAACACUCGGCCCCAACGGGGCUCUGGCACUGGCUGAUGUUGCGCGCCGCCGAGGAGAUGACGGGAGAGCAGCCCUUCAUGGAGGCCGCGACAGGGGCGGGGCGCGUGAAGAUGGGGCGCCGCGUGCACGUAGCCUGCAUGCAGUUUACAGAGCGCCUUCGGCGCCUUCUGCGCCAGUGUCGGGACGAGCUCGUUGCUGAGAUCCACAGCUGGAGACUGAAGAAGUUAGGCUUUUCUCACCUCGUGAUCAAGGAAGAUAAGGCGAACGCGUUCCCUUCGACCUCCCAUGCAGAGCUCGGGCGCGCCGCGGCAGAGGUUGCCGAGUUUGCCCAGGGCCGCGCCCUUUUGAAGCAGAGGCACGAGGAGGCCGUAAUGGGGAUCAGGGCGGGGGAGCAGUUGGGGCACUUGCUGCAAUUGUUGGGGCCAGGAAUGAGGGGCGGGAGCGCCUGCGAGCUUUUUGCGCGCAGUUUCCUCGGACCCAUCGAGGCCUGGCGAGAAAGAUUUGGCGGUGGCGCCACCAUGCGCGCGAGCGACCUGGUGCCAGAACCAGCGCCGCUACUUCGAGUGGCCGGCAUCAUGACUUGCACGUUCACUAGUAGAACGCACGACGUGUCGGUGCGCGACUACGCCGACAAUGUCCACCAGACCCAUCCGCUCUCCUCUACCAGCCCGCGCGAGGCCAGGGCUCGCGCGCUAGCCUCGAACGCCAUCUCAGACGAGGCACUGAG